CUAGAUUACUUAAUAAAAAAGAAUCCGAAGACCAAGCUCAUGUAUAUGUACGUGCAGUAAGAAAACCAAAACUUGAAGAAUUUUUAAGUCAUAAAGAAACAAACACAAAUGAAUCAUCAAGUGUUGAAUCAGCAAAGAUUGUGACAACAAAUCCACAAGAGCCUAUGGAUAUUGAACCAAAUACUGAUAAAGCUGAAGAAUCUGAGCCUAUAAAUAUGUCAACAUGUCAAAAAAACUUUGAUAAUGACCCUAAAGCAUUAGACAACGAAAAAAAGCCUACUCUUACUAAUGAAGAUCUCAUUAAUUUCAAGAAGUCUAUAUCUUAUUUAGAUGAACGCGAUACAUUGCUAUUUGACAUUAUGGAUGGUACUUCAGUGUUAUAUCAAGACGAAGGUGAUGAUUUCUUUCAACCAACUAUAAAAGAUAUUACUCUUGUACUACGAGAUUUAAAAAAUUCACGGGCUCAAUUUGAAGAUGGCCAACUGUGUACAAGUGCAAUGCGGGAAUUAGAAAAGGCUCAAAAUCAACUAAAUUUAUUACAUAAAUACAAAAAGUGUAUUAUUAGAAUCCAUUUUCCAAACAGAUUAGUGUUACAAACCAUAUUCAAAUCAACUGAAACUGUAUUGGACAUAAUUAAUUUUAUUCGAAAAUAUCUCAUUGAUGAGUCUUUAGACUUUUGUUUGUUUACAACACCUCCUAAAACUAUUUUGAAACCGGAAGAUACUUUAUUAGAAUGUGGAUGUGUACCAUCGGCAAUGAUACAUUUUUCAUCCAAUAUGGAAAUUGAUCAAUUAAAACCUGAGCUCAAACAUAAAAUUGUGUCAGGGUGUCAAGCUUCAAUAGCUGCUAUCUUGUCAGAAAAGAAAGAAUUUCAAACUCUUCAAAUAAUGAAACUUUAUAUGAUGAACAGCCAGGAACAAGUAAACAAUCAGACAAUCAGAAUAGUAAAACCACUGUUUUUACUCAACAAAAUAAAACCAAAGCAAAUAGUGGGAAGACACCUAAAUGGUUUAAGCCUGUAUGAAGAAAAAUCAUUAACUACAAAUUGUGUUUAAAUUACUUAAUCAUUUAUUGAUGUAUAAUUAUAAUUAUUAAUUUCUGUAUGGCAUAUUAUUUAAUAUUUUUAUUGAUAACAUUUAUAUAAUAGCCAUAUUAUUUAAAAAUCUAGUAAUAAAAAAAUGAUUUAAAAACAAUUAAGUAUUUGUUGUCAAUUUUGUUUUCCUUAUACAUCUUUAUGAUGUAGUUAUCAUUGUAUUUUUUAUGUACUUGUAAAUAAAUAAUUUGCUUAAAGAA